AUGAAGCUGCUCAUAUUCGGAGCUACAGGCGCUGCUGGAGGGUUAACGGUUCGCAAGGCGAUUGAGCAUGGUCAUGAAAUAACGCUUCACGUCCGGGACAGAGGCAGAGUGCCAGAGGACAUUUCUACCUCUGAUAAAGCAAUAUUUGAGGGCUCUCUAUCCGAUGAACCCUCGCUGUCCGCGGCAAUCAAAGGACAAGAUGCCAUCCUGUCAUGCAUCGGUCCCAAGAGCAUCUUUGGCGAUUACGGCAGCCAGUUUACCGACGGAUACCGUCUGAUCAUCAAACUGAUGUAUGAACAUGGUGUUAGACGCAUUCUGGCCAUGUCGACGGUAAGCGCCUAUGAUGAUCGUGACAAGUUUGCAUUUAUGAGGUCUGCUGCAUACUGGACGGUGCAUCUGCUUGGUCGCCAAUCGCAGGGGGAAAUCUUGGGGAUUGGGGAGGUGUUCAAGAAGGAUGGAAAGGGGUUAGAUUGGACGCUGUAUAGGGUAGGUGUGCUGGGAAAUUCAAAGGAGGACAAUCGUGUGGCGCAAGCAGGUUGGAUUGGGAACGGGAAAGCGACUAUAUACCUCGAACGGAGAGAUUGGGCAAACUGGAUGAUCCAAGAGGUCGAGAGGGGGGAACCAAAGUGGGUGCGCGAGAUGCCAGUUAUUUACUCUCCUUGUCCAGGAGGAUCAUGGUAA